AUGGGUGAUAUCUAUGCGUUUGGUAUGGUAAUGUAUGAAAUUCUCUUCCGUGCUUUACCUUUCCCUAGUGCCACCAACAUUGAUGAGCUCCUCGAAUACAUCCAAGAUGGUCAGAAGACUUUCCGUCCGACAAUUCAAGACAAGAGUGAGAUACAUCCGGAUCUUACUGCUCUGCUGCUCGACUGUUGGAAUGAGAAUCCCGAAGUGCGACCGUCAAUUCGAAGAGUUCGUCUGAAUACAGAGAGUUAUUUGAAAGUAAAAGGUUCUCUGGUCGAUCAAAUGAUGCGAAUGAUGGAGCAGUACGCCAAUAACCUUGAGAAGCUGGUCCAAGAACGAACUGGUAUGCUUGAAGAUGCAAAUGCGAGGGCUGACAAACUGCUAAGUCAGCUACUACCACAAUACGUUGCCAAUGAACUGAAGUUGGGCCGCGCAGUCCCGCCAAAAACCUUCCAAUCUGCUACGGUUUUCUUCAGCGAUAUUGUGGGAUUUACUACGAUCUGUUCUUCAUCCUCUCCAUUGGAAGUUGUCAAUAUGCUCAAUGCUAUAUAUACCAAGUUCGACGAUGUGAUCACUAAAAAUCAGUGCUAUAAGGUGGAAACGAUUGGUGAUGCCUAUAUGGUCGUCUCGGGUAUCCCUGAAGAAAAUGGCAAUAGGCAUGUCAUGCACAUUGCUGACACCGCUCUAGAAAUCAUGGAGGUAAGACUUAUCAAAUUUGCAAUAUUCAAAAUCCCAAAAUCUUGA